AACAACAAUAACUACAGUAACUAUACAACAGCAACAAAUAUAGCAGAACAAACAACAAUAACAACAACGUUCAUUGCCACACAUCAGCUGGUCGAAUGUUGAGUGUGUGACAACGAGCGGCAUCACCACCUCCAUCUCCUACUUCCAAACUACACCAACAACAUUGGUUUUGUAGCAGGAAGUACAAUUGGUGGAUCUACUACAAAUGUUCCCAAUACUAAUGCCAAUGCACAUGCUAGAAAUACGUAUCAUUCUACUUUGCCUGCCAUCAAUUUUACUGGCGACAACACUGGAACCAGAUCAAAAGUCAAUACUUACCGAUAGCGAUUGGAAAAAACUAUGGAUGCGAGGAGGUAUAAAUCCCGAUUCAAAAUUGGAUAGCAACAAUAUUGAUUCCAGUGACAGUCCAAUGUUCGAAGAUAGUGAAAUGAUGGCGCAUAAUACGACCGUCCAGUUGGGUGGCACAGCGUUCCUGGUGUGCAAAGUUUCCGGCGUGGAUAGAGUGGGUGUAAAUUGGAAUCAAAUAUCUUGGAUACGUCGCCGAGAUUGGCACAUACUGUCGUCAGGUGCUCAACUUUAUACAAAUGAUGAACGUUUUGCCAUAUUGCAUACACCUGGUUCAAAUAUGUGGACAUUGCAGAUAAAGUUUGUGCAACGACGAGAUCACGGCAUGUAUGAGUGUCAGGUCUCUACACCCACAGGCAUUAUUUCACAUUUCGUUAAUCUUCAAGUGGUUGUACCAGAAGCAUUUAUAUUAGGUUCUGGUGAAUUGCAUGUUGACAUGGGUUCAACCAUUAACCUAGUCUGCAUCAUUGAAAAGAGUCCUACGCCACCACAAUAUGUGUACUGGCAAAAGAAUGAUCGUUUAAUCAAUUACUACGAUUCUAGACGAGACAUUUCAAUAGAAACAACGCCGGGUCCACGAACGCAAAGUCGUUUAAUAAUACGAGAACCACAAAUUUCGGAUUCAGGAAAUUAUACAUGUUCAGCAAGUAACACAGAACCAGCGAGUAUAUACGUAUUUGUAUCGAAAGGUGAUAAUAUGGCGGCAAUAUCAAGAAGAAAAACUUCAUCCGCUGACCGUAUUGCUGCCAUAUUUAUGUAUGUUGUGGCACCCUGUGCAUUAGUAAAUACAUUAGUAAUACGGCGCAUAUUUCUAACUUAAGACUUCUUUAUCUUUAUCGUAUAAAUAUUUAUUUAGCAAAUGAAAAAAAAGUGUUAUAGAACUAAAUUAAAUCCAAUUUAAGUUUCCAAUUUACAAA